AUGAAGGCACUCCCAUUCAUCGAGCGGUACCGCCCGCGCACCCUCGACGGGCUCAUCGGGAACCCGGAGAUCCUCGCGCGCCUUCGCUACUUCGCCGCACAGGGGAACCUCCCGAACAUCCUUUUCGCCGGCGGGCCUGGGCUCGGGAAGACGACGAUCGCUCUUUGUCUGGCCAACCAGAUGCUUGGUGCACAUCGCAGUGUGGCCUUCCUCGAGCUUAACGCGUCGGACGAGCGUAAUGUCAGCGAUAUCCGGGCCAAGGUCAAGACCUUCGCCCAAAAGCAAGUAACUCUUCCCGCGGGUAUCCAGAAGCUCGUUUUCCUCGACGAAUGCGAUGCAAUGACAGAGGCCGCCCAGCAAGUCCUUCGCCGCAUUAUGGAUGACGAGACUGGCUCCACGCGCUUCUGUCUCGCAUGCAACAACAUCUCGAAGGUUAUCGAGCCUGUCCAAUCGCGGUGUUGUGUUCUCCGCAUCAUGCCUGCUACGCAAGCAGAACUUAUCAAAUAUCUACAGGAGAUCUGCGAAAAGGAAGGGGUUAAGAGCGACACCGAGGCACUCAAGGAGCUUAUUUCUAUCUCUGGGAACGAUGUUCGCUCAUGCCUCAACAGCCUGCAGCUGGUUGCAGACGCUAACAACAAGGUAAUUACAGUGGCCGGUGUUCAGAAGGCUCUCAGCACUAUAGAUGUUAAGGUUAUUGAUCAGGUUAUGAAGCUCCUGACAUCCGGCAAGUUUGACGACGGAUGGAUGCUUAUAGAUAACCAGCUCAACGAAGGUUACAAUUACGACGAUAUCUACAACGCGAUGUUUCGCUAUGCCCUUAACAGCGAAACAGAAAUUAAUGACGUGGUGCGGGCUAGUAUGCUUCGAAUUCUCGCCAGUUUACAUGCAAAGAGCAAGACAACCGUUUCAAGUCCCUUGCAGCUAUGUCGUCUGCUGGCUGAGCUCUUUCUUCAACUUUCUCCGCACUAG